AUGGCAGAGGCUUCAAUUGAAUCGACCUCGCCAAAGGCGGCCGCUGCUUCAUCACCUCCAGCUGAGGCAACCCCUGCACCUGCGGAGGAGACUUCCACUGAGCCACCCACUGCAGAGAACCCCGCCCAGCCAGCUGAGGAUUUCCAUAACCCUAACCACUGGGCCACCUUGAACGAGGAAGAUGCGCCAGGAGUUGACGACGCUGAUUCAGCGGUCGGAGAUGAUGUUGCUAGCUCAACCGAGUCAAUUUCUUCGAGCAUUCUUCACUAUCGCACUAUCCAUGGGAGAACGUAUCACUCUGAGCGGGGAAAUGCCGAGUAUUGGACACCGAAUGAUGAACAUCAUAACGAAUCUAUGGAUAUCAAUCACCACCUCCUGUCUCUGUCGCUGGAGGGGAAACUUCAUCUAGCUCCUCUGAAGGAUGACAUUCAGAAAGUUCUAGAUAUUGGAACCGGGACUGGUAUUUGGGCUAUCGAUUUCGCCGAUGAGUAUCCCAAUGCCGAAGUCGUCGGGACAGAUAUCUCUCCCAUCCAACCUGACUGGGUCCCACCGAAUCUGAAGUUUGAGAUCGAAGAUUGUACCCAAGAGUGGACUUAUGAACCCAAUUCAUUCGAUUACGUGCACAUGCGCUAUAUGUAUGGAAGUAUAAGCGACUGGUCCGCCCUGUUCAAAGAGGCAUUCCGCGUUUGCAAGCCCGGCGGUUGGGUUGAGAGCUAUGAGGCCUCCCCUCGAAUGGAAAGUGACGAUGGCACUGUAACCGAAACCUGUGCUAUCAACGAAUGGGGCAAGUUCUUUAUCGAGGGCGGGAAAAAGCUAAACCGCACUUUUGAGAUCCUCGAUAAAGACCUGCAGCAAAAGGGGAUGGAGGAAGCAGGCUUUGUUGAUGUGAAGGUUUGGGACUUCAAGGCACCUAUUGGAGGUUGGCCCCAGGAUCCUAGACUCAAGCAGAUUGGACAGUUUGCUCAGGCUGCGCUUGAGCAGGACUACGAGGGCUAUAUUUUGUAUAUGGCUAACAUGGUUCUGGGCUGGACUAAGGAAGAGGUUUCUGUGUACUGUGCUCAAUUGCGACGCGAGAUUCGGUCUGGAAAGUUUCAUCCUUUCUAUCGACAGCGUGUCGUUUAUGCAAGGAAGCCUGAAUAG